CAGUGCUUCAGCUCACACGAAGACAGUCCAACUUCAAGCCACUCUCUUUUCAAAUACGCAAAAUGCGUACCACAUUCGUUACCGCGGCGCUGGCCACAGCUGCCUUUGCUGCCCGGUCCUUCCUCGAUGAGCCUGACACGGGCAUCGACGAUGUCUUGGGAGAUCUGGAGGUGGGCCAGCUUCCGAACGUGACCGAAAUGGUGGGUCUCAACGACUUCCAGUGGGCCGCCAGACACUAUCUGCCAGGAAAGAACUACACUUACUACCGCAAUGGGGCUGGUGGCGAGUGGUCGUACCGCAACAACCUCGAGGUCUACAACCGCUAUAGUCUCAAGGCCCGCGUUUUGAACGACAUCACCAAUGUUGAAGACAGCAUGAGCACCACCAUCUUGGGCUUCAACUUCUCCAACCCCUUCUUCAUCAGCCCCUGUGCUAGGGCCGACUAUGCCCACCCCGACGCUGAGCUCAACCUGAUGAAGGCUGCCAGCGCCGCCGACACGCUCUACAUCAUCUCGGGAUUUGCCACCAAGUCCAUCGAGGAGAUCGCCGCCGUCGCUGCCGAGAACUACACCUUCUUCAGCCAGCUGUACACCACGUCCAACGACACGGCCAACCAGAUCCUCUUCGACCGCUCCGAGGCCGCCGGAGCCAAGGCCCUCAUAUGGUCCAUUGACGCCCCUGGUUCGCCUAGUCGUCAGCGUGCUUCUCGGUAUGGCGUUACAUCUGCUGUAACUAAACUCACUCGCCUCACGUGGGACGUCUACGCCAAAUACCAAAAGAUGACCACCCUGCCCAUCAUCCUCAAGGGCAUCCAAUCCGCGGCCGAUGCCCGCGCCGCCAUCAAGCACGGCGUGCCGGCCAUCAUCCUCAGCAACCACGGCGGGCGCAACCUGGACGGAUCCCGCUCCUCCCUCGAGGUUGCCCUGGAAAUCUACAAGGAAGACCCGGCCGUCUUCCGCGAGAUCGAGGUGCUCGCCGACGGCGGCGUGCGCUACGGCACCGACGCCCUGCGCUUGAUGGCGUUGGGCGUCAAGGCCGUCGGUCUGGGACGCCCCAUCAUGUUCUCGAAUGUGUUUGGUGAGGAAGGUGUGGCUAAGGCCAUCGAAAUUAUGCACUCCGAGGUUAUGAAUGAUGCGGCGAAUUUGGGGGUUGCGGAUUUGAAGAAGAUUAAUGCCGAGUUUGUCGAUUGGACGCCUAACAAUUGGUAUAGUUGAGUGGGUUACCCUCGGAUGAAAUGCGGUGGGAUCCUGUUAUAUACCAUUUUUGUUUUAAUUUGACUUCUUCCUGUAGAUAUUUUAGCUUGACAGAAGCAAAGACG